UGAAAAUAACCCCUACCCCUAAGACCAAUGAGAGGGUGGUCACCACCCCUUCCAAAGGGAAAAUUCUGUAUAUAAGGCCUUUUCGAAAAUGGUCCGUCAGAUAGUGCAGUUAACAUGGCUCGACAUAGUACGUCCAGAGACCAAUUUUCGGAGGAACGCCUUCUGAAGAUAUUCAGGGAAGAGAGUCGGGAGCAGGAGCAACUCCAAAUAUCGUGGCGAGAGAGACUGGAGAACACAAGACCCCUCACCCCGUAUGACUACGACCUAUCACAGUGGGUCGUCAGCUUCACCGACGUGUUGCAGCCGUAUGCGCUAACCAAGGUGGAACAAUUUAAAUUCGGUUUCCCUUGCUCCAUGGGGAAAAAAGUGUUUUUUUUGUUGGACAACCCAUGGGUGAAGGAGAACCCGACGCCCGACGACAGCGUUCCCGGCUCGAAGCACCUGUGCACUAGGUGCGACCGCCCCUUCUUCACUACCCGGGAAAACUACAUAACUGAGGAGGGCUGCAUAUAUCAUUACGGCAAGAUAUAUGCAGCCCAAUACACCUGCUGUGGCCGCGUCCCCGGCUCGAUGGGCUGCACCACAUGCCGAGUCCACGUCUGGAGUGGCGUGGAACGCGGCGUCAACGGUCCCUUCACUUCGUUCGUCACCACCAGGAAGUCGACGUACCCCGCCCGCAACAUCUACGCCCUGGACUGCGAGAUGUGUUACACAGUCGCAGGGCUAGAAGUUGCUAGGGUUAGCGUCGUCGGCUUCGAUGGGGUUGUUGUCUACGACACAUUCGUGAGACCUGCUCACAGUGUCGUAGACUUCAAUACCCAGUUUUCUGGGGUAACGGAGAGAGAUUUGCAAAACGCAAAGAGUCUGAAGAAAGCGCAGAAAGAACUGUGCGAGUUUAUCCGUGCCGACACCAUCCUCAUCGGCCAUGGGUUGGACAACGACUUGAGGGCGUUGAGGAUGGUGCACGGCACGGUACUCGACACGUCCCUGAUGUUUCCGCAUCACAAAGGAAUGCCGUUUCGGCGUGGUCUCAAGGAGCUGGCCCUUUCCGAAUUAGGAAGGCAUGUUCAGGAAGGAAGAGGGCACAGUAGCUGCGAGGACGCCCGCACAUCCCUCGACCUAGUGAAACACAAGUUGUUGAACAUGCUUCCCUAA